GCCAGCCAUCCAUCCGCCCACCCCCUCCCCAUCAAUGGCCAUCAAACCCGAGACACGCCUGUGCGCCGUCACCUUCUUUGCGAAACUGCAUCCGGGCGAUGUCUGCGGCAGCAAUGGCUUGCCGCUCACACCCAAUUCGAUAGCGAUUCUGGGGCGUGCCCAGCGGCUGAAGGAGGUGCAGGAUGAGCACCUAUGCCAGUAUCUGGACGUCAUUCGUGGCAAGCAUGAACGCACCAUUGUCGUUUCGGAGUACGUGGGCUGCUCCCUGGAGGAGCAUGUGAAGCGACACCCCCCGCUCAGUCUCGCACAAAUCUUGCGCAUCUUUUACCAGGUGGCCUGCGGCAUCAAUGUCCUCAGCCAGCACUAUCUGGUGGCCCACAACCUGGAGCCAAAGAACAUUCUCAUUGCACCGGACGGACGACUGAAGCUCUUCAACUACGGCCUCUACUUUAUGACCAAAGGCGGUGCCUAUGUGCCGUUUCCCAUUGGCAACAUCCGCUACAUGGCGCCGGAACGACUGCUUGGCCUCAAUGGCAACGUCAAGAGCGAUGUGUGGGCCCUGGCCAUGCUUGUGGCGGAGCUGGUGCUGGGGCUGCAGCUCUGGCCAAAGCUGAAAAUCUCCAAUGUAGUCAGAAAAAUACUCUCAUUCGGCAGGAGCAACAAUGUGCUGGAGAAGAUCGCACGGGAGCAUCAGUGCUUCGAGAUCUACCAGAACAUGGACGCUGGACUGCGUCAGCUGCUGGAGGAAUGUCUCCAUGCCAGUCCCGGCCAGCGACCACUGCCCAGGGAGCUGCUGGCCAACAAAUGCUUCGCGGGCAUCCUGAUGAGUCCAAAACAGCAGCCAGAGUCCCAUCUGCCGCCGCUGCCGCUGCUUCUGCGGUGUCCGCUGUCGCAAAUCUAUCACCUGUGGCAGCUGGCCGGCGGGGAUGUCCAGGCGGAGCUCAAAAAGGAGGGCCUCAUCCGCAGCGAGGCGCCCAUCCUGGGCCUACCACAGAUCGUGCGUCUGAACGGAGCCAGCGUCUGUCCGACCCGCAGCCAGUCCCACCUGAUGGACGAUCGCGUGGUGCCCCUCAAGCUGCAGGCCCUGCUGCAGCGUCUCAGCCAGCUGCCGGCCUGCGUCUACUUCCCGCUGCUCCACUCGCCCCGCUUCUCGUUCCAGCAUCAGCAGUUUGUCCUCGAACUGCAACAACUGCCGCUGGUCAUUCGAGAGCGCGACAUUGAGUACCAGUUCCAUCGCGUGCGCCUGUUCGCCCGCCUGCUGCAGGCCUAUCCGUACACGGCCGAGCUGUUGCAGCGGGAGGCGGCCAUCGAUAUUCCGCCGCUGCUGCGUGGCGCCGUCUGGGCGGCACUGCUGGAGGUGGUGCCCAACAGCGGCUAUGGCAAGAUUGACAAGUUCACGCCCACAUCCACGGACAGGCAGAUCGAGGUGGACAUUCCGCGAUGCCAUCAGUACGAUGAGCUGUUGUCGUCGCCGGACGGCCACCGGAAGCUGCGGCGCCUGCUCAAGGCCUGGGUGACGGCCCAUCCACAGUAUGUCUACUGGCAGGGACUGGACUCGCUCACGGCACCAUUUCUCUAUCUGAACUUCAACGAUGAGGAGUUGGCCUUUUUGAGCCUUUUCCGAUUCAUACCGAAGUACUUGCACUGGUUCUUCCUCAAGGAUAACUCGGCCAUCAUCAAGGAGUAUCUGAGCAAGUUCUCGCAGCUAACAGCCUUCCAUGAGCCGCUCCUUGCCCAGCAUUUGUCCAGCAUCAGUUUCAUUCCGGAGCUCUUUGCCAUUCCCUGGUUCCUUACCAUGUUCUCUCAUGUGUUUCCGCUGCACAAGAUCCUGCACUUGUGGGACAAGCUGAUGCUGGGCGAUAGCUCGUAUCCGCUGUUCAUCGGCAUCGCCAUUCUGCGCCAGCUGAGGAGCACGCUGCUCGACUCGGGCUUCAACGAAUGCAUACUGCUCUUCUCCGAUCUGCCCGACAUCGUGAUGGAGACCUGUGUGAUCGAGUCACAGAAGAUGUACGAGGCGACGCCAAAGAGCAUAACGCACCGCCAGCACGCCCUGCGCUCCCAGCCGCCCCAGUCUCUGGAUAUUGGUCUGACUGAUGUGGAGCUGAAGCAUCUGCAGCUUGAGCAGUGUCCCCGCAUUAGUGCCAAAGAUGUGCAGCAUCUGCUGCUCCAUUCACCCGCCGAUCUGGCCCUCAUCGAUCUGCGCAGCGUGGUGGAUUACGGACAUGUGCAUGUGCCGCACAGCAUCAACAUACCGUUCGCCACGGUGCAGCUGGGCGAGCAGCGUCUGGAGGCGCUAAAUGUACCACAGCUGGAGGCGCAGCUGCGCGGACGGAUUGUGGUCUGUGUGAGCAUCAUUCAUCAGAAAUGCAUACAGUUUUCGCACUUUCUGGUGGCCUGCGGCGUCCAACGCACUUGCAUUCUACACAAGGGAUUCAAUGUCCUGCAUUCCAUCGAGCCAAAUAUACUCAUCUCGAAUUGA